AUGUAGAUAGGAGAAGAGUUAAGAUCGUUGGUAAAGAUUGGGGGGCCAAUAGUGGUGACAUCUAUGCUCAUAUAUUCAAGGUCUGUAAUUUCAAUGCUGUUCUUGGGGCGUCUUGGGAAAACAGAGUUGGCUGGAGGGUCAUUGGCUCUAGGGUUUGGAAAUAUUACAGGCGUCUCAAUCCUCAGCGGCCUCUCAAUGGGAAUGGAUCCAAUUUGUUGCCAAGCUUAUGGAGCCCAAAGAUGGGGAAUUCUCAGUCAAACUUUUCAGAAAACAGUUUGCCUCCUCCUCCUUGUCUCCAUACCCAUUGCACUUUUGUGGCUCAACAUGGAGCCCAUCUUUAUAUUGUUGGGUCAGGACCCUCAGAUCACAAGAGUUGCCAAAGUUUACCUGGUUUUCUCCAUCCCUGAAUUGCUAGGUCAAGCUCACCUCCUACCAUUAAGAACCUUCUUGAGAACACAAGGCCUAACAACCCCACUAACCCUAGCAGCUGCAUUUGCAGCCCUCUUGCAUUUGCCUAUCAACUAUGUUUUGGUCACAUACUUGAAUUUAGGGGUAGGAGGUGUUUGUUUGGGCCUUGCUUGCAACACCUUACUAUUUAAUUUGGGCUUGCUCAUUUACCUGACUAUCUCAACCCAUGCUUUGAAACCUUGGCAUGGGCUUACCAUGAUCUCGGCCUUUCAAGGAUGGAAGCCAUUGAUAAGUUUGGCAUUGCCCAGUUGUGUUUCGAUGUGCUUGGAGUGGUGGUGGUACGAAAUAAUGUUGUUCUUCUGUGGCUGGUUGAGUAACCCAGAAGCCAGUGUAGCAGCUAUGGGGAUUUUAAUUCAAACCACAGGGAUGUUGUACAUUAUCCCAAUUUCUUUAAGGGCAUCCAUAUCGACACGUGUGGGCCAUUCGUUAGGAGCCGGGCAACCGACCCGGGCCAAGUGGGCUGCCAUAAUUGGGCUUAUUGUGGCAUUUGCUUGUGGGCUCUCAGCAUUCAUCUUCAUGACUGCUGUGAGGUCCAAGUGGGGGACUAUAUUCACAGAUGAGCCACAAAUUCUUGAUCUGAUUUCAACUGCACUGCCAAUUCUGGGCCUGUGUGAAAUUGGCAACGUUCCUCAAACAGCUGCCUGUGGAGUGUUAUCAGCUACUGCAAGACCUAAACUUGGAGCCAGAAUAAACUUGUAUGCAUUUUACCUCAUUGGAUUGCCAGUUGCUAUUCUUGGAACUUUUACAUUCAAAAUUGGGUUUCUUGGGCUUUGGUUUGGGCUACUUUCAGCGCAGGCUUCUUGUGUGUGUAUGAUGGUGUACACAUUGAUUCACACAGAUUGGAAGCACCAAACAAGAAGGGCUGAGCAGCUGACACUGGAUGUGCAAGAGACUCAACAGAAUGAGGAGAGAAAAGAGGAUGAAGAAAGUGGGCUGCUACCUCCUACUGAGCUCUGAGUUUACAAAAUAUCAAAC